AUGUUCCUUGGGAAAGUUCAUGGUCACAAUCAACAAAAACUUCUCCGUUUACUUGUUAAACUCCGUGAUAUGACAUGGCGUUGUCUAUCAAUAGGAACAUUCUUCCAAUCAUCUAUAGGAAAGUAUAUCCAGAGAGUGAAAAAUGGGGCCUGGGAAAUGGUACUGCCUACACCAGCACAAUCAGAAAGAGAAACUGAUUUCACAAUAUUCGUACGGUCCUUCGUUUUGUUUCGUGCAACUGAUGUACUGCCCGCUUUGAAACUUCUGAGCAAAUCAAUGUCGGACAUGGAUGAAUUAAUAGCUUACUUCAAUACAGUACAUGCACUCUCUUUUAAAGGGAUGGAGGCAUUUGAGAAACAAGCUUCCCUCGGAGGAAACAAACAGAAGUAUAAAUCUCUUAGGAAAUGUAAGAAGUUUAUAUCACCACUUGCCGUAACUUGUACAAGUCCAGGUCUACUGACGUUGGCAACCUAUCACUACCAGACUGGGAAUUACUUGAAAACACUGGAAAUGUGUGGACACCUUAUUUCCUCGUGGAAAAUUUUCGUUGAUUGUAUGAGUGAAAAGGAUCAUGAUAGAUACGAACAUCUCUACUGUGGGCAUGGGUAUAGUCUUCUACACAAAUUUCAGCAAGCAUGUGUAUCAUACAUGUUUUUGACACAACCAUAUCCAAAUUUCUGUCCAGUCCAUUUACAACAAGAGCUAACGAACGUCAGUAGUAUAAAACUGCUAAUCCCACCACUCCCUUAUGCCGUGUUCCUGACCUUCCUGUGUUACCAUGAGCUUAACGAUACAAGAAGACGUGACGCAGCACUGAUCGAACUUCGGGCCAUGAAGUAUGAUAAGAACCAGGGAGGAAGUAAAUACUGGAUUGUCCACAACCUCUUAGGAAUCUGUUACGAAAUGGUCGGUGACCUACGCAGUGCUCUCAGGGAAUACAAGGACUCUCUGAGUGGUACAAGAGGUUAUCAACAUCAAAAUCCUGCUAUGGAGAGGAUAGAACGACUGGAGCAUUAACUAUAACGACAAAACUUGAUUUUCCAUAUUUUUUUUAGAUACUAGGCACACGAUCAACAUCACUGAAUCGUACUGCGUGUAAUAAUUCAACAUGAUGACCUUGUAUCGUUGAUUCGAAAAAUAUAUUUUUAAAGCUUACAGUCCAAAAUAAAAGAA